AUGACCCCGAUUGGCGCUGGUUACACAAGAAGCAUUCGUUGGAAGGGCAAGAAGCGAUUCGAGAUUGCGUGCUACAAGAACAAGGUCCUCGAAUACCGCUCGGGCAUCGAGACGGACCUCGACAACGUCCUGCAGAUCCCCUCCGUCUUCCUCAACGUGUCCAAGGGCCAGACGGCGCCCAAGGAGGAUCUGGAGAAGGCGUUUGGCAAGGGGAAAAGCACGGAUGACGUGGUGCUGGAGAUUCUGAAGAAGGGCGAGCUGCAGGUCGGCGAGAAGGAGCGGGCGGCCCAGCUCGAGCGGGUGCAGAACGAGGUGCUGGGCAUCGUGUGCAGCCGGCUCGUGGACCCGAGGACGAAGCGGGUCUACACGAGGGGCAUGAUCGAGAAGGCCCUCGACAUGCUGAGCUCGGCGGCGCACGAGGGCCAGCAGCAGCAGCAGGCCGGCAGCAAGACGGCGAGCGGGACGGGGACGCCAAGCGGCAACGGAGGGGACGAGGAGGGCGGCGCCAAGCCACGGGCGCAGCACGUGUGGACGGGUGUGACGACGACCAAGUCGGCGAAGAGCCAGGCGCUCGAGGCCAUGAAGGCGCUGAUCGCGGCGCAACCGAUCCCCGUGCAAAGGGCGCGCAUGAGGCUGCGCGUGACUUGCGCGACGAGCGUGCUCAAGCAGGGUGUCAAGGCCGCCAAGGAAGAGGGCGUUGGGGAGGAUGGCGCUAAGGCGGCGCCGGGCACGGUCAAGGAUAGGAUUCUGGGGUACUUUGAGCAGGUGGAGAGCCAGGACGUCGUCGGUUCCGAAUGGGAGGUUUCUGGGUUCGUUGAGCCCGGUGCGUUCAAGGGGCUGGGUGACUUCAUUGGCAAUGAGACGAGAGGUCAGGGUCGUGUUGAGGUGCUCGAUAUGGCCAUCACACACGAGGAUUAG